UCUCCACUCCAGCGCCCAACUCAACUAAUGCCGCAUCCAGCGCAUAAUAAUCUUGCAUUUGUAUUUAUUUGUGACGUUUGACAAAAAUUCAAUUUCAAUUCAAUCGAAUAUCUGAUUAUUUGUUAACGUUGAAAGAAAACAAGUUAUCCCAUCACUUUGUCGACGUUCUGGUGUGGAUAUAUUAUUGAUUUUGUGGGAACAAUGUCAGACUCGAGCGAUAGUGAUACGAAACCCCCAGUCGCCAAGAAGAUCAAGGUGGAAGGCGGCUCUGGCGACGUAAAGCCUGAAGUUAAUGGAAAUGGAGCGAGUGUGGCGUUAACUUCGAUUAAAUCAGAACCAUAUUCUGAUGAUGAGGAGGAUAUCAAAGUUCGUCCUGUUCGGAAAAAUGAGGACACUUCGUUGUCACGAAUGUGUCCCUAUUUAGAUACAAUUGAUAGAGCAGUGCUAGAUUUUGAUUUCGAAAAGCUGUGCUCCGUCUCAUUGUCCAGAAUUAAUGUAUAUGGGUGUUUAGUGUGUGGGAAGUAUUUUCAGGGACGGGGUGCAUCAACACACGCUUAUACCCAUAGUGUGGCCGAAAAUCAUCAUGUCUAUCUGAAUUUGCAUACGCUCAAAUUCUACUGCCUCCCUGAUAACUAUGAAGUAAUAGAUUCAGCUUUAGAUGACAUCAAAUAUUUAUUGAAUCCCACAUUUUCAGAAACUCAAAUUAAAAUGUUGAAUGAAAAUGCAAAGGAAUCCAGAACUAUUGAUGGAACAAUGUACCUUCCGGGUAUUGUGGGGCUGAAUAAUAUUAAGGCUAAUGAUUACUGCAAUGUGGUGUUACAAUCCCUUUGCCAUGUCAAACCACUUCGAGAUUACUUUCUGCGUGAAGAAAAGUAUGCAGAUAUAAAAAGGCCUCCAGGUGACGUAAAUUUUCUGAUUGUCCAAAGAUUUGGAGAGUUAAUGCGAAAACUGUGGAACCCCCGAAAUUUUAAAGCUCAUGUCAGUCCUCAUGAGAUGCUGCAGGCGGUUGUUCUCUGUUCCAAGAAGCAAUUUCAAAUCACGGAACAAGGAGAUCCUGUCAUGUUUCUGAGCUGGUUUCUCAAUGCCAUGCACAAGGCAUUAAACGGAACAAAGAAGCGGAACAGCUCUAUCAUAAACAAAACAUUCAUGGGAAGUAUGAAAGUGUUCACAAAGAAAAUUGAGGACAAAGAUGUGCUUUCCGAGGAAGAGUCCGAAGAAACGACAUUUCUUUACCUAACAUGUGACCUUCCUCCAACACCUCUUUUCAAGAAUGAACUGAUGGAAAACAUCAUUCCUCAAGUGAAUUUGUACACACUCCUCAGCAAGUUUAAUGGAAUCAAUGAACGUGAAUAUAAAACUUACAAAGAUAACUUUCUCAAGCGAUAUGAAGUGACUUCUCUACCACCAUUUCUGAUCUUGUACAUUCAGCGGUUCACUAAAAAUACAUUCUUUGUGGAGAAAAAUCCUACAAUUGUCAACUUUCCAAUAACUGGGGUGGACAUUGGUGAAGCUUUCAACAUUGGAUCAGCAUGUUAUGAUUUAAUUGCAAACAUUGUACACGAAGGUCAACACAGGGGUGGAACCUGGAGGAUGCAAAUGUUUCAUAAAGCAACAAAUACUUGGUACGAAUUGCAAGAUUUGCAUGUGAAAGAAAUUUUACCACAGAUGUUGACAUUGACAGAACCUUAUAUUCAAAUUUAUCAAAAAAGUGACUUAAAAUAGUUUUAUUACUUGGUACAUAACAAAAAUAUUUGUAAAUACACACAUUCUAUAUAAAUAAUAGUAAAUGUGUAUUCAUGCUGAAGAAA